UGAAUUUCAUUGGUUGAGAGACGUUUGUUUUACAUCGUAUGAGGAAGUAACCGGACGGUUAAUGAAAAGCUCGGGACGUUCGCAUUCUUGCGCCCAUUUUAACGCUUUCUUCUGAACCCGUCAACUAUGUCGAUCACGAACCCGAAACAAACUGUUCUGAAUCCGGUGAGAUGCUUAUUUGUUUUGUUGCGAAUCAUACUUGCUCAUACAUGAACUAAAGCGAGAUAAUAUUGAAUUCAGCUGUCAGUUGCCUAGCUAACAGCUAACGUUAGUUAUACAGCGAUGCCUCUUCUAUCAUUUACCAGGUUGAUAGGAAGCUGAAAAACAUGGUUUGGUACACGAACAGUCCCUCAAGUACUGUACCUUUCUGAAGUGUCAAUGUAGGCCAGGCGCGUGCGUGCAACGUUUUUGACAGCAGAAACUAGUUUCGCGAGCUCAUGCCGCGUUCAAGACAACUGGGAAAUGUCCGACUUGGAAACGCGUUGUAGAAUGAUGAGCUCAGUGUUCCACUUGAAAGUAUCAGAAUCAAACAAUAGGAAGCUCUAUGCAAAAAAAAAAAAAACGUGCGCCGAUUUUAACUCGGAGGUUCAGAGUUUCCAUGUCUUGAACGCAGCAUCAGGUCAUAAUUGCACUUUAGUAGAAUAUCUCAUAAUUUAUGUUAAACUGAAACACUCAUAUCUUAUGCAUUCAAACAACAACCUAGCCUGACUAGUUGGGUAUCAAUCAACACCUUCUACUCCACUCACAGACCAUUCCCUUUGCUGGGACAAUCCUGGGAGGUUUACAGCCUGGGGAGAUGGUGCUCAUUCAAGGCACUGUUCCCAGUGAUUGUGAGAGGUAUGGGGUUGAUUAAGGAUACACUACACACACGUCUCAAGAAUGACAUCACAUUACUGUCACAUGUCUCUAGUCAUGCAGUCAUAUGAAAGAGGAUUCACAGUUCAGAAAAUUUGAUGGAAGUUGAUGAAGAGGUAGCUUAUAGCAAACUACAGCUGUGUGCGUGUCCAGGUUUCAGGUGGACUUCACCUGUGGGAACAGCACAAAGCCCAGAGCGGACAUAGCCUUCCACUUCAACCCUCGCUUUAAGAGAUCUCCCUGCAUCGUGUGCAACACACUGCAGAGAGAGAGCUGGGGCAAGGAGGAGAUCCUGCAUAAGAAGGCCUUCACACUGGGGUCAACCUUUGAGAUGAUCGUCCUGGUGCAGAAAGACGAGUUUAAGGUGAGGAUGACUAGCGAUCAGAUCGAUGCCUUUAAGCCCAUACUCGUAAAGCGUCUCAUAGUAGCGGUGCUGAUCUAGGAUCCGUUUUGCGUAUUACUAAUCACAAUUAAUAAGAUUAAAUGGACUAUGGGGACCUGCUCCUAGAUCAGCACUCCUACUCUGAGAUGCUUGAUACAUACAGCCCCAGAUUCCCCUGAUCUAUAUAGCCUUUGUCCUGGACCAAUGUUCAGGUCCAUAAUUAUUCAUAACAAUAUGGUUAAUUGAAAAGACUGGCUCGUGGUUUUGUGGGAAUAGGUUUAGGUACUUUUUGGCCUUUUUGAGAGAGUUUCCAACAUGCAACACACUGAUACAUUUAAUGUAGAGAAAGGAAUGCGCUUGAAAUAAAAGUUUUCCUCUAUCACUUCCCUCCCCUGUCUCAGGCAAAAGCCUGUGUUUACAUCCCAAAUGGCACCCUAGUCCCUAUUUAGUGCACUACUUUUGACAAUAAUAAUAAUAUGCCAUUUAGCAGACGCUUUUAUCCAAAGCGACUUACAGUCAUAAGAGUUCAUAGUGCCCUAAUCAAAACUAGUUCACUAUAUAGGGAAUAGGGUGACAUUUGGGACACAUCCUGUGACUCAAAGAUUCACUUUCAUUUCCUUGUUUUUUGUGUCACGGUUCAGUCAGGUGGUUGUAUAUUAAGCAUGGGGAAAGUGCUAAGUCAGUUUUGCCGCAUGCCGUGUUAAUAAUUCAGUGUAAUAUAUUUUUCACUUCCCUCAGUGGUUGAGGUUGGCUUCAGAAGGUUUCUUAUGUUCUUCUGAGGUAAAAGCCAAAUACAGUGCAUUCGGAAAGUAUUCAGACCCCUUCCCUUUUUCCACAUUUUGUUACGUUACAGCCUUAUUCUAAAAUGGAUUAAAUAAUUUUUUUUCUUCAUCAAUCUACACACACUACCCCAUAAUGACAAAGCGAAAACAGGUUUUUAAAAAUGUUUGCAAAUAUGUUAAAAAUUAAAAACAGAAAUACCUUAUUUACAUAAGUAUUCAGACCCUUUGCUAUGAAACUCAAAAUUGAGCACAGGUGCAUCCUGUUUCCAUUGAUCAUCCUUGAGAUGUUUCUACAACUUGAUUGGAGUCCACCUGUGGUAAAUUCAAUUGAUUGGACAUGAUUUGGAAAGGCACACACCUGUCUAUAUAAGGUCCCACAGUUGACAGUACAUGUCAGAGCAAAAACCAAGCCAUGAGGUUGAAGGAAUUGUCCGUAGAGCUCCAAGGCAGGAUUGUGUCGAGGCACAGAUCUGGGGAAGGGUACCAAAACAUUUCUGCAGCAUUGAAGGUCCCCAAGAACACAGUGGUCUCCAUCAUUCUUAAAUGGAAGAAGUUUGGAACCAGCAAGACUCUUCCUAGAGCUGGCCGCCCAGCCAAACUGAGCAAUCAGGGGAGAAAGGCCUUGGUCAGGAAGGUGACCAAGAACCCGAUGGUCACUCUUACAGAGCUCCAGAGUUCCUCUGUGGAGAUAGAACCUUCCAGAAGGACAACCAUCUCUGCAGCACUCCAUCAAUAAGGCCUUUAUGGUAGAGUGGCCAGAUGGAAGCCAUACGUUUUUGCUUUGUCAUUAUGGGGUAUUGUGUGUACAGUCGUGGUCAAAAGUUUUGAGAAUGACACAAGUAUUGGUCUUCAAAGUUAGCUGCUUCAGUGUUUUUAGAUAUUUUUGUCAGAUGUUACUAUGGUAUACUGAAGUAUAAUUACAAGCAUUCCAUAAGUGUCAAAGGCUUUUAUUGACAAUUACAUUAAGUUUAUGCAAUUACAUUAAAAAUACUUAUUUUUCAAGAUCUCUGCAAUCCGCCCUGGCAUGCUGACAAUUAACUUCUGGGCCACAUCCUGACUGAUGGCAGCCCAUUCAUAAUAACAUCAAUAAUAAUAAUCAAUGCUUGGAGUUUGUCAGAAUUUGUGGGUUUUUGUUUGUCCACCUGCCUCUUGAGGAUUGACCACAAGUUCUCAAUGGGAUUAAAGUCUGGGGAGUUUCCUGGCCAUGGACCCAAAAUGUCAAUGUUUUGUUCCCCGAGCCACUUAGUUAUCACUUUUGCCUUAUGGCAAGGUGCUCCAUCAUGCUGGAAAAGGCAUUGUUCAUCACCAAACUGUUCUUGGAUGGUUGGGAGAAGUUGCUCUCGGAGGAUGUGUUGGUACCAUUCUUUAUUCAUGGCUGUGUUCUUAGGCAAAAUUGUGAGUGAGCCCACUCCCUUGGCUGAGAAGCAACCCCACACUUGAAUGGUCUCAGGAUGCUUUACUGUUGGCAUGACAGGACUGAUGGUAGCGCUCACCUUGUCUUCUCCGGACAAGCUUUUUUCCGAAUGCCCCAAACAAUCGGAAAGGGGAUUCAUCAGAGAAAAUGACUUUACCCCUGUCCUCAGCAGUCCAAUCCCUGUACCUUUUGCAGAAUAUCAGUCUGUCCCUGAUGUUUUUCCUGGAGAGAAGUGGCUUCCUCGCUGCCCUUCUUGACACCAGGCCAUCCUCCAAAAGUCUUCGCCUCACUGUGCGUGCAGAUGCACUCACACCUACCUGCUGCCAUUCCUGAGCAAGCUCUGCACUGGUGGUGCUCCGAUCCCACAGCUGAAUCAACUUUAGGAGACGGUCCUGGCGCUUGCUGGACUUUCUUGGGCGCCCUGAAGCCUUCUUCACAACAAUUGAACCUCUCUCCUUGAAGUUCUUGAUGAUCCGAUAAAUGGUUGAUUUAGGUGCAAUCUUACUAGCAGCAAUAUCCUUGCCUGUGAAGCCCUUUUUGUGCAAAGCACAUGUUUCCUUGCAGGUAACCAGAGGAAGAACAAUGAUUUCAAGCACCACCCUCCUUUUUAAAGCUUCCAGUCUGUAAUUCUAACUCAAUCAGCAUGACAGAGUGAUCUCCAGCCUUGUCCUCGUCAACACUCUCACCUGUGUUAACGAGAGAAUCACUGACAUGAUUCAGCUGGUCCUUUUGUGGCAGGGCUGAAAUGCAGUGGAAAUGUUUUUUGGGGAUUAAGUUCAUUUUCAUGGCAAAGAGGGACUUUGCAAUUAAUUGCAAUUCAUCUGUUCACUCUUCAUGACAUUCUGGAGUAUAUGCAAAUUGCCAUCAUAAAAACUGAGGCAGCAGACUUAGUGAAAAUUAAUAUUUGUGUCAUUCUCAAAACUUUUGACCACGACUGUAGAUUGAUGAGGGGAAAAAACAAUUGAAUCCAUUUUAGAAUAAGGCUGUAACGUAACAAAAUGUGGAAUAAGUCAAUGGGUCUGAAUACUUUCCGAAUGCAUUGUAUAUCACUGAGAGUUUAUUUGUGGCUUUUUACCACAUUGUACGAGCUUUUAGGGUUUCUAUAUCAGAUCUGGAAAUAUCCUCCAUGUAGAUAACCGAGCAACAGAGCUGGCUCUUCUAGGGCAUAUUCAUAGUGCAAAGCACACCUUAGCAAAAUGUAGCAAAACGUUUUGCAUUGGAAAACUAAAACAAGUGUUUCUCAUUGGACAAGGUGUGGAAGUCCUAGUCCCUCCCUUUUUCAGUCUGUUUUCUUCCAUUUGCCUAGUGAAUACGAGCCUGGCAAGCUAACUAGCCAUCUUGCUGCUCCUCUUAGGAAUCAGCUUGUUACUUGUUACUUAUGUUGGAGCAGAGAGGCUAUGGAAGCCUUUAGAGCACGUGCCAAAUGUAUUCCACGGAGGGCCGAGUGUCUGCGGGUUUUCGAUCCUCCCUUGUAUUUGAUUGAUUAAUUAAGGUCACUAAUUAUACUGAACAAAAAUAUAAACGCAACCAUUUCAAAGAUUUUACUGAGUUACAGUUCAUAGAAGGAAAUCAGUCAAUUUUAAUAAAUAAAUUGGGCCCUAAUCUGUUGAUUUUACAUAACUGGGCAGGGGCGCAGCCAUGGGUGGGCCUGGGAGGGCAUAGGCCCACCCACUAGGGAGCCAGGCCCAGCCAAUAAAAAUGAGUUUUUCUCCACAAAAUGGUUUUAUUACAGACAGAAAUAAUCCUCAGAACCACCUCUCCAUAAGACGAUCCCACACGUGAAAAAGGCAGAUGUGGAAGUCCUGGGCUGACAUGGUUACAUGUGGUCUGCGGUUGUGAGGCCAGUUAGAUGUACUGCUAAAUUCUCAAAAAGGACAUUGGAGGCGGCAUGUCAGAGAAAUUAACAUAAAAUUAUCUGGCAACAGCUCUGUUGGACAUUCCUGCAGUCAGCAUGUCAAUUGCACGGUCCCUCAAAACUUGAGACGUUGUGUGACAGAACGGCACAUUUUAGUGGCCUUUUAUUGUCCGCAGCACAAGGUGCACCUGUGUAUUGAUCAUGCUGUUUAAUCAGCUUCUUGAUAUGCCACACCUGUCAGGUGGAUGGAUUAUCUUGGCAAAGGAGAAAUACUCACUAACAGGGAUGAAAACAAAUUUGUGCACACGAUUUGAGAGAAAUAAGCUUUUUGUGCGUAUGGAAAAUGUCUGGGAUCUUUUAUUUCAGCUCAUGAAACAUGGGACCAACAUUUUACAUGUUGCGUUUAUAUUUUUGUUCAGUAUAGUAAACAACUCCCCUCACCUGGUUGUCUAGGUCUUAAUUGAAAGGACAAAACAAAAACCCACAGACACUAGACCCUCCAUGGAAUGAGUUUGACACCUCUGCUUUAGAGGAUUCUCAAACUGUUUGUCUCAGUGUUAUCUCUUCUCUCUAGGUGGCAGUGAACGGUGCUCAUGUACUGCAGUAUAAACACAGACUGGACCUGGAUAAGGUGGACACACUGGCCAUAUCUGGAAAGGUCCAGAUUCAGGCCAUCGGCUUCAUCCCCAGCUCUGUAAGUAACUCAUCCUAACUUCAUUGUUAUUUGUCAGAUGGUAUGAAAUAUUUUAUAUAAUCUAGCUAUAGCCUAACUGGCUUUAUGCUUUCAAGGCCUAUAGCCAAAUGUUAUGCACCUCAAGUUGAAUUCUACAGAAGACUUGCAUGCCUUUGAUGGAGAUUUAAGUUCCGAACAUCAGUUUGACCUGUUGUGAUGAUGUGACCCAUGGGUGGUAGAAGUUUUGUUUUGUCACUUCAAAUUGCAGAACUCCGGUCCACCUCCACCUGGUGUUGUGAACAACAGAGGCCCACUAGCCAAUGUAAGGAAGUUGCUUUUUCAACAUGAAAUAAAGGGAAAUCUAUUGUUGCUAAGACUGCUAACACGGUUGUGGUGCUUUUGGAGGGGAGCCUUUUUGACUCCAAGCGAUGGGAUUGUUUAACACACUGCAUGGACUGUUUAAUCCAAUACGUAUAACAUUACAUUCAAGUAAAGUAUGCUUUCUCUGUAAUGUGAGCAAAAAAAUAAUCUCUGUAAUAAAAGCAAAAUAUCUACUUUCUUUCUGACAGGCAGUGCUUUCAAUGUCAGAUGACUUGGUAAGUUGUUAUUACAAAAUAUAUUAAAUGAUUGUAAUAUGAAGCAGCUGUGCUGCCAAUGUAAUACAUCACACAUUUGAUUAGAAUGAAAUUGGCAAAACAUUAUUUAUUUUUUUCAAAUCAAAUUCAACACCCUGGUGCCACAACAGCUGGGCCUUUGGAAAUUAUCUUAUUGAAUCACCUAUUACACACAUGGACAAAUAUCCUAAUAAGGACUUUGAUGUACAUGUAAUUUUCCACAACGUCAUGGUCAUCAGAGCCUGGAAGAUUUGGUGCCAUGUACUGUACUACCUAGAGCCUUAUAUUUGCAAUACAACGCUCUGGUACUAGCUAAGGCUCAAUACGUUACUCUAUACCAAGUCUGUUUUGUGAUGCACCAUUUGAAUACUUUCCUCGUCUGACAUAUGAACUGCUUUUUAUUUGUGUGGCCUGCUGACAGAAGUAAUUUGAGAUAUUUUUUUGCAGAGUCUGCCCUUCAGGGGCAAACUGACCAAUGGGUUGAGUGUAGGACAUACUAUCACAAUCAAAGGACAGACCAGCCUGUACCCACACAGGUAUGUAUGUAGCAGGCUAGGGGACAUGAAAGGAUUGUCCAAAUAUAUAAAAUAGAAUUCACAUUACUCUGUUCAAAUUCCACACCAUUCUUUAUCCACAAAUUCUCUGAAAUGUAGCAACAGUUCAAUAACAUUGAUGAAAUGCAGUGUUUUGUCGUUCACUGUUAAAUGUACUUUUGAAUUUAACUUGUAGCUUCUUGGUGAACCUGAGAGUCGGUAACACGGAGGACAUAGCGUUCCACCUGAACCCCCGUAUGAAGGCCGGUGUGUUCAUCCGUAACUCCUACCUGUCCGAGUGCUGGGGCCCCGAGGAGAACACCCUGCCCAGCUUCCCCUUCUCCCCUGGGGAGUACUUUGAGGUAACCCACCCCCCCCUCUCCCUCUGUACUCCACUGGAGUGUAUUCAUUAGCAAAACGUUGGGCAACAGAAAACAUUUAGCAAGUUUCUUAUUGGUCAAGUUCAGGUAGUCCCUCUCUGUUUCCGUCCAUUUUCUUCCGUUUGGUGUCUAGUGAAUACGACCCUGGAUUCACCUGAAAUGUCUGGGAACUAUCAGUACCACUUCAGGGUUGCUUUCAUAAAAAUAGCUGGCCUCCCGAGUGGCGCAGCGGUCUAAGGCAGUGCAAGCUGCGUUACUACAGAUCCUGGUACCGGUCUGUGUCGCAGCCGGGAGACCCAUGAGGCGACACACAAUUGGCCCAGCGUCAUCCGGGUUAGGGGAGGGUUUGGCCGGCCGGGAUGUCCUUGUCCCAUCGUGCUGUAGCGACUCCUGUGGCGGGCCGGGCGCAUGCACGCUGACACGGUCGCCAGGUGUACAGUGUUUCCUCCGACACAUUGGUGCGGCUGGCUUCCGGGUUAAGCGUGAAUUGUGUCAAGAAGCAGUGUGGCUUGGCGGGGUUGUGUUUCAGAGGACGCAUGGCUCUCGACCUUCGCCUCUCCCGAGUCCGUACGGGAGUUGCAGCGAUGGGACAAGACUGUAACUACCAAUUGGAUAUGACGAAAAGGGGGUAAAAAAAAUACAUAAUAAAAAUGUCAUAUCAAUAGUCUUAAGACCGAAAAGUUCAGUUUGAAAUGCCAGUAUCUGCAUUAAUUCACAGCAAGGCCCAACAAUGGAAAGAUACAGCAUUACACUGAAUCAUUCUGAAUCGCAUUGUCUUAUGUCAGAUAGCAUGACUUUCAUUCCAUUAUGGAGGAGUGAUGCCGCCUGAUGCAAGACCACGUCUGAAUACUUCAUCUGAUUCUACCCCUCAUAUCCUCUCCCGUGUGUUGCUCGUUCUAGAUGAUCAUCCUGUGUGAGGCCAACCAGUUCAAGGUAGCGGUGAACGGGGUCCACCAUCUGGACUAUAAGCACCGUGUCCAGGACCUGAGCCGUAUUACCGAGCUGGAGAUCCUGGGAGACCUGCAGCUGCUGGAUAUCAAGCUGUGGUGACCCCUGACCUCCAAAAAUCGGUCUUAUGUCCCAAUUGUCUCUCCUUCCUCCCAAAGUGUGCACUUGUUCACAUUCCUUCACUGAUUUGAAAGGAAAUG